CCGGACCGUUAGUAUCCAUGGCGACCCCAAACCGUUAUUAACGGUCAGCAGAGAAUCAUCAUGUUUAAAUCUGAUCUUCCUCCAACGUAUGAAGAGUCCAAACAUCAGCAGCAUCAGUAUGGUGCUUAUCCACAAGGGGCGACUUAUCCAUUCGCACCAUACACAUUGGCUCCUCAUACCACAGCAUGGCAUGGAUCAGGAUACCCAGCUCCAGGAAUGCCCUCCAUCAUACCAACCUACCUGUCCUCAGGAGAUCCUACUUCCAACCCAGGAGGAACUGAAGGUUUUGCUACACAUGAAUUAUAUGAAAGCAAAAGUGUUCGACAUGCAUUCAUUAGAAAGGUUUACCUGAUUCUAGCAGCCCAGCUGUUGGUCACCGCCUCCAUCGUCGCUGUGUUCACAUUUGUUGAGCCUGUGCGACUCUUUGUGAUCCAGUAUCCAGGCAUUUACUGGGCUUCAUUUGCUGUGUAUUUUAUCACAUACAUGGUGUUGGUCUGCUGUGAAAAAGCACGGAGGCGCUUUCCUUUAAACCUUGGGCUCCUCUUCAUUUUCACAAUUGCCUUGUCCUACAUGGCAGGAACAAUAGCAAGUUACUACUCGACUAAAGCGGUGUUCCUGGCUCUGCUCAUAACGGCCAUCGUGUGUGUGGUGGUAACAAUCUUCUGUUUCCAGACGAAGGUGGACUUCACCUCCUGCACCGGUUUGUUCUGUGUUUUGGCGAUUGUGGUUUUGAUAACAGGCAUCAUAACAGCCAUCGUUCUCUCCUUUCAGUAUGUUCCGUGGCUGCACAUGCUGUAUGCUGCUAUAGGAGCGAUUGCUUACACACUGUUCCUGGCGUACGACACUCAGCUGCUGCUGGGAGACCGAGCCCAGAGUCUGAGUCCAGAGGAGUACGUGUACGGAGCCCUCUCCCUUUACACCGACAUUAUCCAGAUCUUCAUCUUCCUCCUGCAGCUCACAGGCUCCUCUUCCUCUGACUGAACACAUAAAGAAGCAGUAAUAAUCUUUCUCUUCUUUUACUGAGAAGCUCCAUCUAUUAAACUAAUAACCAUGAGUUAUUAUCAGUUAUAACCAGUA